AUGGAACGAAGUAAAAGGAAGAAGCAUUUUGAUGAAAUAAAUGAUGAAGAUGAUGAACUACAACUAUCAGCUACUGAAUCCUUCAAGGUUACCUACUUUCUUGUCGUUGUAGACACGGCAAUUGCUUCAUUGAAUGAUCAAUUUGUGCAGCUAAAGGAGUUUGAAAAGGUGUUUGGAUUCUUAUUCAACUUAAAGAAGCUGAAGUCCUUGGAUGAGAGUAGUCUACGGAAAUCUUGCACUGAUUUUGCAAAAACUUUUACUCAUGAAGAGUCGCAUGAUGUUGACCUUGAUGAUUUUUUCUCUGAGCUAAAAGUAUCGCAAGUAACUUUGCCAAAUGAUUUGAUGUCAGCGCCAAAGAUUCUUCAGUUCGUUACAGCGGUAGAUUGCUACCCGAAUGUAUCAGUUGCUUAUCGGAUCCUCUUAACUAUACCUGUGACCGUAGCGUCAGCUGAAAGAAGAUUCUCUAAACUGAAACUACUAAAGAAUUGUUUGAGGUCAACUAUGUUGCAAGACAGAUUGAAUGGCUUGGCUACAUGUUGUAUUGAGAAGGAUAUCUUGGACAACAUCGAUCUUGAAGUGGUCCUCAAUGAUUUUGCAUCAAGAAAUGCUCGAAGAAGUUUUUUUGUGAAGCACUGA